AUGGAAUUUAUGGAGCCACACCCCAAAACCCAAGGUGGAGCCACCUCGAAUAAUAACAACAGCAACAAUAGUGCCGACCACCACCGAGAAUCCUCCUCCUCCGCCGCCGCCGCCGCCUCCUCCGCCUUACAACUGGUCUCCACCCAUCACCACCAAAGUCAACCCGACCCGGGCCCCGGGUCCGGCCCAUUCAUGGGCUCCAUCUCCAUGCAACCACAACCACAACAACAACAAUCAAGAAAUCUGACCCCGUCCACCACCACCGCCGUCGUCGCCGUCACCGCCGGCGACGGAUCCGCUGUCGCCGGAAAGGCCGUUAAAAAGCCCUCCAAGGACCGGCACACGAAGGUGGACGGCCGGGGUCGGCGCAUCCGGAUGCCGGCCCUCUGCGCCGCCCGGGUCUUCCAGCUGACCCGCGAGCUCGGCCACAAGUCCGACGGCGAGACCAUCGAGUGGCUCCUCCACCAGGCGGAGCCGGCCAUCAUCGCCGCCACCGGCACCGGCACCAUCCCCGCGAACUUCUCCACCCUCAACGUCUCCCUCCGAAGCAGCGGCACCACCAUCUCCGCCCCGCCCUCCAAGUCCGCCCCACUCUUCCUCGGCGGCGCCGCCGCCAACAUGCUCGGCUUCCACCACCACCACCAACACCAACACCACCAGUUCGUUCCCUCCGCCGCCCCCCCGCCCUUCGCCAUCGACCCGGAAGACGGCUCCCCCUCCGGCGCCUACAUGAAGAAGCGCUUCCGGGAGGACGCCACCGGCGCCACGUCGCCCAAACCGGGCCCCGACGGAAAACCCGACCUGGCCCAGCCGUCGAGCUUCAUCCCGGCUCAGACCAUGUGGGCUGUGGCCCCAGCCGCCACGAACGUCGGGAACGCCUUUUGGAUGCUCCCCGUCACCGGAACCGGCGCCGCCGCCACUGCAGCGGCCACCGUCGGGCAGCAGGAUUGGCAGUACAAGGCUUCCUCAAUUCAAAGGAUGGGCGGGUUCGAGUUCCCAGGAACCGGCCGGUUCAACCCGGUUCAGCUCGGGUCAAUGGUUCUCCAGCAGCAUCAACAGCCGGCUCAGCAAUUGGGCUUAGGCGUAACUGAGACGAACAUGGGAAUGUUAGCCUCCAUAAACGCGUACAACAACAAUAAUAACAACAAUAACAGUAAUAAUCGAAUCGAUUUAGGAAUGAAUUUGGAGCACCAUCACCACCGACACCACGACUCGAGCCAACGACAAAAUAGCGACAACGAAGAGGAAGAUCGCCAUAAAGACUCGUAA